UGCGGCCGCCCGCUUUCUGCUCCAUCUCCCAGUCGGCCAGCCAACCUCCUCCACACGCUGCACGGAUGAGCGCUACAACACCGCAGAAAUAGUCGAAGAUCGAUGUUAACAACUGUUUGAAUGUUCGAGGAUUAUCCGGGAUAGGAGAUUCAAUAUCCUUGGUAUCGUUUAUUUUACUACUGAAGGGUUUCUUUGCAGAGCCUAACCCUCCAGGACGUCCCGACAGGACAGAGACAGAGAGAGGGUAACACAUCCAGAGACAUGAGUCUAGUUGACGUGAGACCGGCGGCCGGGUCUCUGACCCUCUCGCUGACCAGCAACCACCCCAAAGAUCGCUUUGUGGACCGCAUCGACCAGGCGGAUCGCUCCAGAACCCUGUCCCCGGACCUCAAGGAGGACUUCACCAUGAUGGAGCAGAAGAAGAGGGUCACCCACAUCCUCCACAGCCCAGUGUUUAAAGAGGAGCUGGAGGGCCUGAUCCAGGACCAGACUACCAAGGGAAGCAGCCCAGCAGGCCUGCUGGCAUUGCGACACAUCGCUGACCUCAUCACAGCCAGUACCAUGGGGGGCGCCGGCCCCCUCAGCUCCCCCAGCAGCAUCGGGACGGUGACGCCGGUGAACGACCUCCACGCCACGGAGCCCCAGACCUUCGUGAAGGGAGAGAAGCAGAGCCGCUGUAAGCUGGCCAGCCUCUACCGGCUGAUGGACCUGUUCAGCUGGGCCCGCUUCACCAGCUCCUACGCCACCAUACGAGUCAGCAAAGAGCAGGAUCACAUUCUGAUGGGUCCCCAGGGUCUGUCCUUUGCGGAGGUCUCUGCAGCCAAUCUGGUGAAGGUGAACAUCGUCGGCGAAGUGGUCGAGCGCGGUUCCACCGAUCUGGGCGUGGACAUGUUUGGCUUCGCGCCUCACGCCGCCAUUUACGCCAUGCGCCCUGAUGUCAAGUGCAUCGUGCACAUACACACCCCCGCCACCGCCGCUGUGUCCUCCAUGAAGUGCGGCCUCCUGCCCAUCUCCCAGGAGGCUUUGCUGCUGGGCGACGUCAGCUACUUCGGUUACCACGGCGACCUGGACGGCAGGGACGAGAAGAUGGCGUUCCAGAAGGCUCUGGGUCCAAACGCCAAGGUUGUAGUGCUGCAGAACCAUGGCCUGGUGGCUCUGGGAGAAACCAUAGAGGAGGCCUUCCACUAUGUUUACCACUCCCAGCAGGCCUGCGAGAUUCAGGUCGGAGCGCUGAGGUGCUCUGGGGGAGUGGCCAACCUGGUGGUGCUGGACCGUGAUAGGCUGAAGCCGCGGACGCAGGGGAUUGCGGCGGGAGGCGUCACCAUUGACAACGAGCUCAAGUGGAAGGUGGGCGAGGCCGAGUUCGAGUCCCUCAUGAGGAUGCUAGACAACCUGGGGUAUCGUACCGGCUACUCCCACCGCAACCCCAUCGUGCGGGAAAAGCCGCCGUCCAAGAACGACGUGGAGAUCCCGGCCACGGUGUCCGCCCUUUCCCUGGACGCGCUCUGCGGCGGCGUUGCCGAUGGCGACCCCGGCCAGAUGCUGGCCAGCCCGAUGAAGCUCCUGGCCCAGAAGCAGCAGAAGGAGAGGACCCGCUGGCUCACUUCGCCCCACAGCUACCUGAAGGUCCAUGUCCCGGAGCGCUCCGCCAGCGGGGAGUGCAGCCCCCGCACCAAGACCACCUGGAUGCAGUCUUCUGAGCCGGGCACUAACAGGGGCACCCCCAUAAAGAUUGAGGAUCUCAACCAGUUUGUUCCUCUCAACACCAACCCCACAGAUGUUCUGGACAAGAGGAACAGGAUACGGGACCAGAACAAAUGCGAUCAGAUGACGCCGGGACCCAAGUCUCAAUUACUGGCUGGCAUCGUAGUGGACACCAUAAAAGGACCUGCCUUCAUCGUGGAGGACGAGGAGCUGACUCGCUCCCUGCCCCCCAACCCCUUCAGCGGUCUGACGGAGAGAGAGCUGAUGGAGUACAAGAACACUGUGGAGCGGAGGCAGCAGGGCCACGAAGAUACGGACGACCUCACGGACGCCGAUGAGAUGACCACGUUUGACGGCUCCACCAUAUCGCUCUGCCUCUCCCCUCUGAUGACGCCCGCCAAGAACGAUGCCGUAACAAACGGGCGGAACCACUUGGGGGAUGACGAGGAGGAGGAGCUUAGCCUCAAGGUGUCCAAGCUGAGUGUGAGCACGGCGGACACAGUCGAGAUCACCAUGACAACCGCAGAGAAGAUAGGGGACGCCCAAAGCGAGAACAAGAAGAAGAAGAAGAAGUUCCGCACUCCCUCGUUCCUGAGGAAGAGCAAGAAGAAGGAGAAAGUCGAGAAAGUCGAUGUAUAAGCUAAUGGAUAAGAUAGGCGGGGCUGGAUGAAUCUUGUAUUGGAUCUCAAUACUUAGUCGCAAUACAUUCCUUUGCUUUUAUGAAAGCGGACCAAGAAAAUUAAGCUAACUGAAAUGUACAUUGUCAAACAGUGUUCUGUACGAUAUUGUGGUUUUACUUUCUCACUUUGGCUUGACUUACUGAGUGGAAAGUGGAUGGUCGUGGUUAUCUGAACACCUACAUGUUGAAUCCAGUACUAUAUUUUGUGGUUUCCCAAUGGAACUGGCUUCUUUAGACACUAAAUAGACGUCAAUGUUAUCAUCAAUGCAGUAUCAUAUGGCCUUUUGGAUAUUAUAUACAAAGUUAAAGUCUUUUGGCUUAUGUUUAAUGUUGUAUGACGACUACAGAUUAUCUACAUUUAAGGGGUAGCUGUUAAGUCGAUACAGUGUGAUGGUGGGUAGUUAUUUAAACUUUAAAGUGAAGAUCAUUUAUAACCUGUGUCUGGGCCUAUUUUUUUUUAUACUGCAGUGUAAUGGUAAAUGCUUGUUUUAUAUCCUAUCAUAUGUUUUAAAUAGAUUACUUGUUUGAUUGGUUCAUAUCGUAUACCUAUAACAAUUCAAACGCACCACUAAUAAUACAGAAAAGCUAUGCGUGUUUUCAUAUAUGUGUGAAUUGUUUUUUUUACUUGACUGCUGCUUGUAUGUAAUAUGACAGAAAAGUAAAGUGUAAGCAAAAUGUAUUGAAUAGCAAUGAGAAGGGGUAGUAGAGUAGAUAAGAUGAAGAAGAUGACAUGAAUGUGAACGUUUGACUGUCAAAGGGAGGCGCCAUGUCUGGAUUGUUCCAAACGUUUUGAAAUCAGAAUGCAAGUUGAUGGCAAUAUUCUGUGGGAAGGACAUUUUUUCAAAAACAUCCCAAGCUCAAAAAAUGUGAAUGACCUGCUUUGACCCAAAGGGUUGAAACUGAUUUGCUGUGAAUAGUAAACCAAAUAGCGCAACGGUCACAAUGUUGGAAAUUUGCUAUGACAUUAAAAAUGUAAACCUGUGCAUUUAGACAUGUCUUUUGUAAUGUCGCCUUUCAUUGUAUAUUCUACAUUUGAAUUCAUAACAAGUCUAAACCGUACCUGAUAUUGCUAAAGGUAAUUGUUUAUGCCAGUGGUUGUUUAAUGCUUGCGUUUUGUUAACUACAAUAAACACCUCCGGUUUUUCUUGA